GGGCUAAAGUUAAUGUAAGUAAAUCUGAAUGUUGAUUAAUACUAUUUAGGACAGAUGAUAUAGCAGCAACAGGAAAACAUUUUUUAUGAUUCUCUGUCUUGUUGCCUUGAAAUUUUCACCACCUCAUGUAUUUUGGAAGAAGCAAGGUUGGACCUUGCUCAAAGAAGCUUGCAGACAAAAGACAUCAGUCUCUUUCCUUAGCCGACCAGACCUUCCAAAGCUGGCUUAUAAGAGACUAAAAGGCAAAAGUCCAGGAGUUAUCUUCAUCCCUGGCUAUAUUUCUAAUAUGAAUGGUACAAAAGCAUUGGCGAUUGAGGAGUUUUGCAAAUCUCUAGGUCACGCCUAUAUAAGGUUUGAUUACUCAGGAGUUGGAAAUUCAGAGGGUAAUUUACAAGAAUGUACAGUGGGAAGGUGGAGAAAAGAUGUUCUUUCUAUAAUUGACGACUUAGCUGAAGGACCACAGAUACUAGUUGGAUCUAGCCUUGGCGGAUGGCUUAUGCUUCAUGCUGCAAUUGCACGACCACAGAAGGUUGUGGCUCUUAUUGGUGUAGCCACAGCUGUAGAUAGCCUAGUGACAAAGUUUCAUCAGCUUCCUGUUGAGGUAAAAAAGGAUAUAGAGAUAAAAGGCGUGUGGAGCAUGCCAUCAAAAUACACUGAAGAAGGAGUUUAUCACAUUCAAUAUAGUUUCAUUAAAGAAGCUGAGUACCACUGCUUGUUACAUAGUCCUAUUCCUGUGAACUGCCCUAUCAGACUGCUCCAUGGCAUGAAGGAUGACAUUGUACCUUGGCAUACGUCCUUACAGGUUGCUGACCGAGUAGUCAGCGCAGAUGUAGAUGUCAUCCUUCGAAAACAUAGUGAUCACCGAAUGAAGGAAAAAGCGGACAUUCAACUUCUUGUUUACACUAUUGAUGACUUAAUUGAUAAGCUUUCAACUGUAAUUAACUAGAAUCACAUUUUUAGUUGGUAUUUAAACUAAUGGAUCCAAAGAUUGGAAGAAGGAUAACAAAUGGAAGGCCCUAAUACUUAGAAAGUUUUUUCCUCUUACCACUAUUUUGUAGAUAGCACGUGAGGUUUUAUUUAAUGAUGUUUUUGCACUUAAGUGAUACAAAUUGUGAAGAAAGUACAGUUCUCCCUCUGUAUUCUCCAGGGAUUGGUUCCAGGACACCCUCCCACCCCUCGGAUACCAGAAUCCGAGGAUGCUCAAAUCUAGUGUAGAAAAAUGGCGUAGUGUUUGCGUAUAACCUACGUGCUUCCUCCUGUAUACUUUAAAUCAGCUCUAGAUUAUUUGUAAUACCUAACACAAUGCAAAUGAUAUGUAAAUAGUUGUCAUACCGUAUUAUUUAGGGAUCAACUUUCUGGAGUUUUUCUUUUUUGGACCUGGGUUGGUUGAAUCCAGGGAUACGGAACCUGCGGAUACAGAGAGCCAACUAUACCAGCUGCUAGAAAAUUGGAAUGUUUUGUUCCCUUUCAGUCCCUGAUUUAUUUUUCAUUAAUAUAUCUCCUAUAUUUUUAUUCAAGAGAUGUUUAACUUAUAUUAUUGUUAAGUGUGCCAGCU